CUCCCACCGCUGAUAAAGCCUCUUCCUGCUACUCUCAGCCACUUUAUGAGGCUAAAGUCUGUCUGAGGCUGCUCUGUGUCUCAGCCCUCUUCUGUUUUCGUGGCGCUGCUCUGAUCAUAGUCUCUCCACUAAAACCCCGAAAUAACGUGACAGCGAUGAAACUGAUCAUCCUCAGCGACUACGACGCAGCCAGUGAGUGGGCAGCCAAGUACAUCAGAAACAAGAUCAUCCGCUUUAAACCUGGACCCGACAGGUUCUUCACUUUGGGCCUCCCAACAGGGAGCACUCCACUCGGCUGCUAUAAAAAACUGAUUGAGUAUUACAAGAAGGGGGAAAUAUCUUUCCAGUAUGUGAAGACAUUCAAUAUGGAUGAGUAUGUGGGAUUGCCUAGAGAUCACCCUGAAAGUUAUCACUCCUUCAUGUGGAAUAACUUCUUCAAGCACAUCGACAUCCGGGCCGAGAAUGCGCACAUACUGGACGGCAAUGCUCCAGACCUGCAGCAAGAAUGUCAGAGCUUUGAGGAUAAGAUUAAAGCUGCGGGUGGAAUUGAUCUCUUCGUUGGCGGUAUUGGACCUGAUGGUCACAUCGCUUUCAAUGAGCCUGGCUCGAGUCUCGUGUCCCGAACCCGGGUGAAGACCUUGGCUAUGGACACUAUCCUGGCCAACGCUCGUUUCUUUGACGGAGAUCUGUCCAAAGUUCCUACCAUGGCUCUCACUGUAGGCGUCGGUACAGUGAUGGACGCCCGGGAGGUGAUGAUCCUCAUCACAGGUGCACACAAAGCGUUUGCCCUGUAUAAGGCCAUAGAGGAAGGUGUGAACCACAUGUGGACCGUCUCAGCGUUCCAGCAGCACCCUCAGACUGUGUUUGUGUGUGAUGAGGACGCAACCCAAGAGCUGCGGGUCAAGACGGUUAAAUACUUUAAAGGAAUGAUGCACGUUCACAAUAAGCUGGUGGAGGAACCAUAGUUUCAGAUGCUGAAAUGAGGAAGAUGGAAGAUGGUUUGGCAUUUUAUCUCAAAGAUCACAUCAGAAAGGCUGGUUGAAAUGACCAGUUCUCUCUUUUGUCCUUGAUUAAGAGUUUUACAUUCUAUUUUGUAUUUAAAAUACUACAUUUUAAUAAAAAAAAAAUACUGUGGAGUAAAAGAUCAUUUCUAAUGCCCCUCCCAGUGACAACAAUGUAAAAGUUUUAAAUGAUUCAAAUAAGUGAAAAAAAAUGUUAAUGGAAUUUGAAUUUAAUUCCUAACAGUUUGGACACCAAAUGCUGUUAAAUGUUACAACUAUGUGCAUUAACACCGAGUGUUAAUAUGUAGUGUGGUUUGUGAAUGAGUAACCUUCUUUCCCUCGUCUCAUUAAACUCUUUGUUUUGU